AUGCGAGCAACUAAAGCCAACCGAGUAAAAUUUGUUCAGUCAUCGGUCGACGAAUCUCUUUUUGGGGAACGUGUCACAGCUGUACACGAACCUCUUGAUGUUAGAACGUUCGAUCCACCUUGGGAAGACAAUGGAAAAGCUAAAGUAUCCCCUUCGAAACCUUUGUUAUUUUACUGCCCGACUUCGCCAUCUCGACCAACAUCUUCGCGUUCACAGACGAGCCAAGCCUCGCCAGUACGAAAAUAUAAACCAGUCAAAUUUUCUCCUUCAUAUGUCGACGACAGUUUAUUCGGAAAAAGAAAGACAAAACGCUCAGAUUCACCGCCACCGAGCGAAUUUGAACCUCCGUGGGUCAAAGAGAGCGAAAAGAGACCAGUUCGACCGCUGUUGUUUGAUUUUAAUUCGAGACUUGUUUUUGACAAUUCUGAUGUAAACAACGCAAACUCCCUGGCAGCAUCUGCACGUUCCAAGACUCCACAAAGUUCGAGUCGCAGUUCGUCACGAAGAAGCUCAAGGACACAAAGCGCUGGACAUUUAGAAAAAAUAAUUAACAGUAAGCCGCCAUGGAGAUGA